CAGCCAAGCGCGGCGUGGGCUAAUUUUUGGUAAAAGCCAAUGUUUAAAUCUUGGGCAAGGAGGUGUCUAUGUUUAUGUUUAUGUAUGCAAUUUAUUAAUAUGGAGACAAAAAGGGAAAACAAGCGAUAUGUAGGGGCUUUAUUCUGUUUAGAACUUAAAGAAAUAGAUCAAGUAUUUAAGAAACUAAAUUAAACUCUUUUCUUCUCUCUUUUUUUUUCCUUUUUUCCUUUCUCUUUUGCUCGCCCUCGGCCUUAUUUCGUAGCAUGUUACAAUCACAAGUAAUCAACGUGUUGCCUCGGCGCAUACUCGCUAGCUUAUGGGCAACAUCAGAGACACGUAUUGCUCUUUCGCAUUUUGCUGUGAACAAAGAACAACCUACUGCGCCCAUGGCUAUAUCAUCUAAUUUCUUAUGCAACGAAUUGCCCAUCAGAUAUACCCACAUCUUACGCCUUUUAUCAGCACUUUCGCCUGAAUCGCUUCAGUCGCCCAUCAUCAAAAACGUAGCUCAUAGCUACCUAUGUGAUAUCUGUACACUGUUACAUCCCUCACUGAAACAAACUUCGCCCAAAGCCCUUUCGAACGUAUUAUCAAAGCUACGCACAAGUCAAGCAGUGAAUUCUAUUCGACUUCGGUAUGCCUUUCUAUCAAACCCUACUCCUGCCUGCCUUAAUUUGAUGGAUAAUAUAAACACGAUUGGAAUCGGUAUUCAUCACUUACUUGAUCAACAUAUCUCUUGGGUGACAAAUAAAUUAAAUCAUGCACAAACAUUGCGCCCAGAGGACAUCACUCGUCAGGCAGUUCAUGACGCACAGGCAGCAUUUUCGGGUGCCUAUGGAACCGCAUAUUUACCUCAAGUGGAAAUCAAGACGCGCACGAAGCAAGAGCUUGUUUAUAUUCCCAGCAUGCUUCACCGCAUUAUUUAUGAGUCUAUCCUUCUUUGCUUAAAAGCACAAGCGAUGCAUGACCAAGAACAAGAACGAACCGUUCGAUGGUACCGACGACCCUUUAUGAAGUCACAACCGAUGACCCUUUCUAUCUUUGGUGGUCCUACCAGCGUGGGUUUUAAAUUAGACACAGCAGCUUUUAUCCCAGAUAAGGAUCUGUUACCGAGCAUACCCAGAGACCCAAUCGGUAUACCUACAUGCAGCUCUGUGCUAUCCAGCACGAGUCGGACAAGGGUUGAUCGUGUUGAACCUAAUCAUGUAUUAGAGUGGGCAUCUCUGAGUGGUUGGAAAAUCGCUAGAUCUUUAGCAAGCCACUGGGGAGGCAAUCUUGACAUUGUCAAUGUGGACGGGCUGGGAUCGACAGUGUAUCUAGCCCUGGAUAGAAAUACUCAGAUUUUGGAAAGAUAUCCAACUUUCAGAGCCCCACAGCAAGAUGCUAUCCCAAUCCAGACUGCAGCUGCACAGCUAGAUGCAUUCCUAUAUGCCAUCUCAAAUGCUCAACCUAUAAGCACCAUAAUCCCAACACCCCUUUAUCAUCACCAUUCUGUUUCUCUUACUGCUGCUGUUAGCCAUGCGUAGACCUUUACUCUCCUUUUAUAUAUAUGUGUGUGAACCUCCUUUUUCUCUUUUUUAUUUCAUAUACAUAUUUUGUUUAUUUAUAUAUUAAUUAAGCCAGUCUUAUGAAUCAUCGAUAGUGUUGUAUAUGUAUAUAUAUAAUUUUAGUAAUAAAAGUGUUCUUUUAAAUAUAAAGAAAGAG